AUGCCAGGAAUCAACUGCACCCAAGCAACGGAGCUCAGCUUGGCAGGAUUCACUGAGGACACGGCAACUCAGGUCACCCUCUUCCUGCUCUUCCUGCUCACCUACCUUGUCACCAUCCUGGGGAACCUGGGCAUGAUCACCUUGAUCAGAGCCAGUGCCCUGCUCCAUUCCCCCAUGUACUAUUUCCUGGGCAACCUGGCUUUUGUGAACCUCUGCACUUCCACCACCAUCACCCCCAGGAUGCUGGCUGGGGUUUUGCUGGGGAAGAAGGGAAUCACCUAUGCUGGGUGCAUGGCUCAGAUAUUCACUUUUGGCCUGUUUCUGGUCACUGAGUGUUUCCUACUGGCUGCAAUGGCCUAUGACCAAUUUGUGGCCAUUUGCCACCCCCUGCUCUACCCCCUUGUCAUGUCCCCAGAGCGCUGCUCCCGGCUGGUGACUGGCUCCUACCUCCUGGGGCUGACCAACGGCGUGGGACAAACCUUUGGCAUGUCCAGCCUGUUCUUCUGCAGCUCCAGCACUAUCGACCUGUUCUUCUGUGACAUUUCCAUGCUGAUCUCCCUCUCCUCCUCUGACACCACCCUCAGCCUCCUCAUCCUGAGGACUUCUUCAUCCUUGCUCGGUGUUCCCAGCCUCCUGGUGGUCCUGAUGUCCUAUGUGGCCAUCAUCUCCAGCAUCCUGAGCAUCAGCUCAGCCGAGGGCAAGCGCAAAGCCCUCUCCACCUGUGCCUCCCACCUCGCCGCCCUCAGCACCUUCUAUGGGCCACUGAUUCUCAUGUACCAUCCCAGGGCAGACACCUCCAGGGGAGGGGAUAAAUGGGCUGCUGUGCUCUACACUGUGGUGACCCCCAUGCUGAACCCCUGGAUCUACAGCCUGAGGAACCGGGAGGUGAAGGAGGCUUGGAGGAGACUCAGGAAAAUAAAAUUAGCUUGGACAUUUUAA